AUGGAUGUGAGGAUGUUCGGAGUAGAAAAUCCCCUCUUCUCCACGCUGCAGAACCUGAUGACCAUCCCGGAAGAGGUGGAGAAGGCCUUCAACGCGCCUACUCGAUCCUAUGUCCAGGACGCGAAGGCCAUGGCCUCCACUCCCGCCGACGUCAAGGAAUACCCCGGCCACUAUGUCUUCGUCGUCGACAUGCCGGGGAUCAAGUCUGGCGAGAUCAAGGUGCAGGUUGAGGACGACAACGUCCUGGUCAUCAGCGGGGAGCGCAAGGACGAGGACAAGGACGGGAAAUACCUCCGCAUGGAACGGAGAUUCGGGAAGUUCAUGAGGAAGUUCCAUCUUUCGGAGAACGCCAACACCGACGCCGUCACGGCCGUGUGCCAGGACGGGGUGCUCACCGUCAGAGUGGAGAAGGUGAAGCCACCGGAGCCCAAGAAGCCGAAGAACAUCGAGGUCAAGAUCGCUUGA